CGCUCAGCUCCGUUCUCCGGAGCGAUCCCUGCCUUGCGCAUGCUCGGUGUGUCCCGAGGUCGCCCUUGCCGGGUUUCCCACGUGCAGCGUGAACCUGAGGGCAUCAUGCUGUGAAGAGAUGGGGGCCGCGGUGGUUCGCGCGAUCAGGAACUUCAACCUGGAGAACCGGGCGGCCCGCGAGAUCAGCAAGGUGAAGCCCUCUCCCGCCCCCAGGCACCCCUCCACCAAGAGCCUCCUGCUGGAGCAGAUGAGCGGCCAAGCGGAUAUUAAGGGAGAAAUUGGUAGGAAAGAUGACAAAUUGCUGUCAUUGCUGAGAGAUGUGUACGUUAAUUCCAGAGAUCCGGUGUCUUCUGCGCAGGACAAAGAUGCUGGAACACCUCAAGAGCCAAAGGAGUUCAGAUUGCCGAAAGGCAAUCAUUUUGACAUAAAUAUUGAGAACAUUCCCAAAGGCAAAGUUUCCAUUGUAGAGGCUUUGACACUUCUCAAUAAUCAUAAACUUUAUCCAGAUAAAUGGACUGCUGAGAAAAUAGCAGAAGAAUACCAUCUAGAACAGAAAGAUGUAAAUUCCGUUCUCAAAUAUUUCGUUACUUUUGAAGUCAAAAUCUUCCCUCCUGAAGACAAGAAAGCAAUUCAAUCAAAAUGAAGGAACUCUUGGAAUUACUUUUCCUAUCCCCAUGCCCUGUUUAUUUUCUCAUUUUUAGCAUAUUAAAUUAUAUAAAUUACUGAAUGUUUAAAGCUCCCUCCUUAUGAGUGCAUCCUAUUUAUUGACCUCUGCUGAUAGAAUAAAUUUUGUUUUCAACUUUAAUUUGGUUUAGGCAUGUAUGUAUUCGGGUGUAAUAUCAGCAUGACUAACUAACAGGUAUAUAAAUUUAUUGCACAUAAAAGAGUUAAUUUUAAGUGUUAUUUUAAGCAUAUCAGCAUUUAAGCUGGUCAUAUGACCUCUUAGGAAAUGUCCUGAAUCCCUUAUUUGACACUUAAAGUUUAACUUUCCAAUUCAGGUGGUUAGUUUAUUCUUCCUAUGGAAUAGUGAAAGUAAGAGCUUUCCUGACUCUUAUGACUGACAUUUUCUUGUUAGGGAAAGGGAGGCUUGACAGUGAGGUAGAACAACAGUAUUUCCCAACUAAAGGCGGACAGGAAACUGGAUACAAAACCAAUAGAAAAUACAUUUUUAUUACUACAGGGAAUAAGAAUUAGUAAGGCCUUUUUUAAAUUUUAUUUUGAAAUAACUUAAAAUUAUAAAAAAGAAUUAGUGUUUUAAAAUUUUAGCAAAUCUGUACUUUGACAAGCAAACAGGUAAGUCCAAGAGCUUUCAUAGAGGCAGGCAGUAGUGGAAGCUAUCUGAAAAAAGAAAAAAAGAAAACUUCUGGAUUUACUGUGAAAAUACAAGAAAAUUUUAAAGAAUGGUUAAAUCAAAGAACCAUGAUAAAUUUGGUGACCAAAUAUACAUACUUUCUCAUUUAAAUGCUGGUUGAAAGAAAAUAGCAAGUGGAAGCAUAAAAUGUGAUCAUUGGAAGGGACCUGGGAAAUUGUUGCUGCAUUUAACAAAUUUAUGAGCACAACACAUACUAGUACUGGGGUCUUGAGCAAAAUUGUAUUAAGUUCAACUCUGUUAUGUUAUUACAUGUGAGAUUUUGGCUGGAUUGUGUAACCUCUUUGAGAAUGAUUUCCUCUAUAAAUGAUUGUAAUGCUGUCUUAACUCUAAGGGUUACUGUGAAGAUAAAAAUAAUAAAAGACAAUAAAUAUGACUUUUCUUUGCAGUUGAGAACAGAGGCCUAAGGAAGUUUCAUGACCUAUUUACAAUUAUGACCUUGGCUUAGAAUUUAGUUUUUCAUAAUCCUGUUGUAUUUUUCUGCUGCGCCAAUAAGAAGCAUAUCUCAAAAGGGCAUAAGGUGUAUAUUGGGAAAUAUGGUAAGAAAAAUUCCAGGUUAUCACUGUCUUUCUGAAGGAAGAUAGACAUUCAUUACUUCCCAGUUAGUCCCUUAGAAAUAGAGUAAGAUGCUGAGACCUUCAGCAUGAUUUUGGAAUUAGGCAUUUUUAAUACUAAGAGCAAAAUUGACAGAUGGGAAUUUUAAGCAUGUUUUUAAAUGCGGUUUCAUUAUGUGACUAUACCUAGUUUAAUUAAAAAUAGUUCUUUUUAAGAAAAGAUUCAGUAUAAAAUUACAUUUUAAAACUCUGGUAAAUCAAUCAUCAAAACUGCUAUCCUUUAUCAAAUAAAGAUCAAUACUUGAAUCACUAAUACUGCUAUUUCUGAGCCAUUUUUCCUAUUCAAAUCUAUACUGUGGUUGGGCAGCUGUAAAAAUGUGGCUGUUAUGUGGUGUCACAUGAUAAAAUAAAGUACUUCCCAUAUCA